AUGAUUUUGAAUGUAAAGCUACCGGUGGACAAAGCCACUUUUCACAUGCGCACUAAAGACAAACUUACUGUUGAGGUUGAAGAUAAUUUCGCUCAUUCUUCUCUUGCUCGAAAACUCACCAUUAUUGUUCGUAAAAAAACACAGAUUCACCCAACUGGACGGUUCACGGCGCGUGACACACUGAACGGCGAAGCUUUUCGCGUGAUCGCACUGCCAGUAAAAGGAAGCCUUUCGUUGCGUGCGCACACUGCCUACUUCGGUCCUCGAAUAAUCACAAUGGAAAUCUGUCGGCUGUGCAUGGAGGCCAGCAACCUCAAUCAAUCAAUGGCAGACGAAACCAUCCAGGUGAUGGUAGAAGACUGUAUUCAAAUCAAACUGGAUCCUCCGAACGAUCUGCUUCCGCUGGACAUCUGCGACGAUUGCUACUACCGAGUGAAGGAUUUCUCCGAGUUCAAAGAAAACUGCCACACCAUCCAGGAAAUGUUGCAGCAGGAGAUUGAGGAAAAUCGACGGGAACAAGACAAAAGUAGUGAUUCUGGAGCGCAGAGCAUUUUGAGUGAUGACAUACAAUACUCCGACUACAUCGAAGACAGCUUAAUUUUCAGUGAAAUAUCGACUGAUGUACUGAGCGAUUUGCAAAGUAGCUGCGAUACCGAUAUAGAUAAACUUGCAAAUGAGAUUUUUAAUGAAGCUAAUUACGGCAUUAUCAAUGAUAGUAAUAAUAAUCACAAUGAUGAAAUUGGCAAUAAUAAUAACCGUAGUGAUAACAGUAAUAAUAGUGAGAUUAUAAAUAAUGAAAUUACCAAUCAAAGCCUAUUCAUUGUGGUGAAUGGUUAUAUCGACAAUAGUUGUAAUAUUACUAAAGAACAAGAGAAUGACAAGACUGAGGCGGAAACAGGACCCACCGUCAGUAACGAUAGCAAGAGGCGUAUGGCCAGACGAUGCUACAGAGACGAAUACUCGUCGGCGCUUCUAACAUGUGAAAUUUGUGGGAAAAUGGUACACAAAACGUUACUACCGGGUCAUCUGAACAUGCACAAUGGCGUGAAACCGUACGUGUGUCCCCGCGAAGGAUGCAAAUCAGCGUUCCACUGCAAGCACAAGCUAAAACGGCACCUUGGCUACAAGCACACGGAUGGGAAUUUCCCGUGCAACGAGUGCGACAAGGUGUUCAACUCGAAUCUGGCCCUGUACCAUCAUCAGUUUGCGACGCACCAACUGCGAGAUAAGGCAUGCAAACACUGCGACAAGAAGUUUCGAAACAACCACGGUCUCAACAGACACAUGCAGAUCCACAAGCAGGAGAGGAAAUUCAAGUGCUCCCAUUGUCCGAUGACCUUCGCGAAAAGUUCGCUGUGUGAAGCGCACAGCCGAACGCAUACCACGGAACGACCCUACGUGUGUUCGAAAUGCAAUGCCGACUACAGCUACCGGCGACUGUUGGUCAAUCACAUUAGACGAAAACAUCCUGGCUCAGAAGCUAUGUUACAGGCCAUUGAAUGCAUUACUAAAGUGAGUUAGAAUAAGAAGAGAUGCAAUAUUA